CAAGUGCAAGCGUUUGGCAUUGAUGUGUGAACGUUUGCUGCACAGAGGCAAGUCUGCUGUAAGUCUGCUGUCACUGUCGCAUCAACUUCAGACUCGCCGAGAUGGUCUCCACACUACUACUGAUGGCGCUCGUGUCCCUGGCAGACUGUUACUCCUGGAAUCCUCAUGCCUACAACAUUCACCGCACACCCCCUGACCAUACUUGUCCUAACGUCGGAAACUCAGAAUGUCGUGAACAUCAAGAAAGAACAUGCGUCGCUAAAACUAAAAGCUGUGAGGUGAUCCUUGGCCAAUUUGAGUGUGACAAAUUCAAUGACAAUUGUCAAUGCUGUGCCAUUUGUGAAUCUCCUGACGAAUGUACAGGCACCUUCAGAGAGGAUUGCAAUGACGAUGAAUUCAUUAAGAGUGAUCACGGAACCUACUGCAAAUGCUGCCAUCCUUGUGAUUCUGGUGACUGCGACGGGCGGUGUGUGAGCAACGGUAAUCUCUGCACUACUGACGAGUAUGCUGAUGGGGCCUGUGAUGAUACUGGAGGCAGCUGCACCUGCUGUAAACUUUGUACUUCUGAUACUUGCGAUGGGCGGUGUGUGAGCGGCAGUACCAGCUGCAAUGCUGGAGAGUAUACUGAUGGGACUUGUAGUAGGCUUUCAAGCAGCUGCUCUUGCUGUAAAUCUUGCAGUUCUGGUACUUGCGAUGGGCGGUGUGCGACCAGCAGUAGCAGCUGCAUUACUGGCGAGUACGCUGAUGGUACUUGUGAUGGUCCUGCAAGCAGUUGCACCUGCUGUAAAUCUUGUGGUUCUGGUAUUUGCGAUGGCCGGUGUGUGAGCGACAGUAGCAGCUGCAUUACUGGCGAGUACGCUGAUGGAACUUGUGAUGGUCCUGCAAGCAGCUGCUCCUGCUGUAAAUCUUGUGAUUCUGGUACUUGCGCUGGUCGGUGUGCUAGCGAUAGUAACAGUUGCAAUGCUGGCGAGUAUGCUGAUGGGCCUUGUGAUGGUCUUGCAAGCAGCUGCACCUGCUGUAAACCUUGUAGUUCUGAUACUUGCGAUGGGAGGUGUGUGAGCGACAGUACCAGCUGCAGUGCUGGAGAAUACGCUGAUGGGACUUGUAACAGUCUUUCAAGUACCUGCACCUGCUGUAAACUUUGUACUUCUGAUACUUGCGAUGGGCGGUGUGUGAGCGACAGUACCAGCUGCAAUGUUGGAGAGUACGCUAGUGGGACUUGUGAUAGUCCUUCAAGCACCUGCACCUGCUGUAAACCUUGUACUUCUGAUAAUUGCAAUGGGCGGUGUGUGAGCGCCGGUACCAGCUGCAAUGUUGGAGAGUACGCUGGUGGGACUUGUAAUAGUCUUUCAAGCACCUGCACCUGCUGUAAACUUUGUACUUCUGAUAAUUGCGGUGGGCGGUGUGUGACCGCCGGUACCAGCUGCAAUGUUGGAGAGUACGCUGAUGGGACUUGUAAUAGUCUUUCAAGCAGCUGCUCUUGCUGUAAAUCUUGCAGUUCUGGUACUUGCGAUGGGCGGUGUGCGACCAGCAGUAGCAGCUGCGUUAUUGGCGAGUAUGCUGAUGGUACUUGUGAUGGUCCUGCAAGCAGCUGCUCCUGCUGUAAAUCUUGUGGUUCUGGUACUUGCGCUGGUCGGUGUGCUAGCGAUAGUAACAGUUGCAAUGCUGGCGAGUAUGCUGAUGGGCCUUGUGAUGGUCUUGCAAGCAGCUGCACCUGCUGUAAACCUUGUAGUUCUGAUACUUGCGAUGGGAGGUGUGUGAGCGACAGUACCAGCUGCAGUGCUGGAGAAUACGCUGAUGGGACUUGUAACAGUCUUUCAAGUACCUGCACCUGCUGUAAACUUUGUACUUCUGAUACUUGCGAUGGGCGAUGUGUGAGCGACAGUACCAGCUGCAAUGUUGGAGAGUACGCUAGUGGGACUUGUGAUAGUCCUUCAAGCACCUGCACCUGCUGUAAACCUUGUACUUCUGAUAAUUGCAAUGGGCGGUGUGUGAGCGCCGGUACCAGCUGCAAUGUUGGAGAGUACGCUGGUGGGACUUGUAAUAGUCUUUCAAGCAGCUGCUCUUGCUGUAAAUCUUGCAGUUCUGGUACUUGCGAUGGGCGGUGUGCGACCAGCAGUAGCAGCUGCGUUAUUGGCGAGUAUGCUGAUGGUACUUGUGAUGGUCCUGCAAGCAGCUGCUCCUGCUGUAAAUCUUGUGGUUCUGGUACUUGCGCUGGUCGGUGUGCUAGCGAUAGUAACAGUUGCAAUGCUGGCGAGUAUGCUGAUGGGCCUUGUGAUGGUCUUGCAAGCAGCUGCACCUGCUGUAAACCUUGCAGUUCUGGUACUUGCGCUGGUCGGUGUGCUAGCGAUAGUAACAGUUGCAAUGCUGGCGAGUAUGCUGAUGGGCCUUGUGAUGGUCUUGCAAGCAGCUGCACCUGCUGUAAACCUUGUAGUUCUGAUACUUGCGAUGGGAGGUGUGUGAGCGACAGUACCAGCUGCAGUGCUGGAGAAUACGCUGAUGGAACUUGUAACAGUCUUUCAAGUACCUGCACCUGCUGUAAACUUUGUACUUCUGAUACUUGCGAUGGGCGGUGUGUGAGCGACAGUACCAGCUGCAAUGUUGGAGAGUACGCUGGUGGGACUUGUGAUAGUCCUUCAAGCACCUGCACCUGCUGUAAACCUUGUACUUCUGAUAAUUGCGGUGGGCGGUGUGUGACCGCCGGUACCAGCUGCAAUGUUGGAGAGUACGCUGAUGGGACUUGUAAUAGUCUUUCAAGCAGCUGCUCUUGCUGUAAAUCUUGCAGUUCUGGUACUUGCGAUGGGCGGUGUGCGACCAGCAGUAGCAGCUGCGUUAUUGGCGAGUAUGCUGAUGGUACUUGUGAUGGUCCUGCAAGCAGUUGCACCUGCUGUAAAUCUUGUGGUUCUGGUACUUGCGCUGGUCGGUGUGCUAGCGAUAGUAACAGUUGCAAUGCUGGCGAGUAUGCUGAUGGGCCUUGUGAUGGUCUUGCAAGCAGCUGCUCCUGCUGUAAAUCUUGUGGUUCUGGUACUUGCGCUGGUCGGUGUGCUAGCGAUAGUAACAGUUGCAAUGCUGGCGAGUAUGCUGAUGGGCCUUGUGAUGGUCUUGCAAGCAGCUGCACCUGCUGUAAACCUUGUAGUUCUGAUACUUGCGAUGGGAGAUGUGUGAGCGACAGUACCAGCUGCAGUGCUGGAGAAUACGCUGGUGGGACUUGUGAUAGCCCUUCAAGCACCUGCACCUGCUGUAAACCUUGUACUUCUGAUAAUUGCGGUGGGCGGUGUGUGACCGCCGGUACCAGCUGCAAUGUUGGAGAGUACGCUGAUGGGACUUGUAAUAGUCUUUCAAGCAGCUGCUCUUGCUGUAAAUCUUGCAGUUCUGGUACUUGCGAUGGGCGGUGUGCGACCAGCAGUAGCAGCUGCGUUAUUGGCGAGUACGCUGAUGGUACUUGUGAUGGUCCUGCAAGCAGCUGCACCUGCUGUAAAUAUUGUAGUUCUGCUGUCUGCUCUGGACUGUGUGUGGAAGACGAUCUCCUCUGCACUGGUGACAACGAGUACAUUGAAGGCUUCUGUGCUGGUACUGGUAACAGCUGCUUCUGCUGUAAAACUUGUACAGCUAUUGACUGCCCUGGCCGGUGUGUGAAGGACAGUAUCUUCUGCACUGAUGACGAGUUCAUUCAGGGGUACUGUGAUGGAGGAUCCUGCGUCUGUUGUCAAACUUGUAACUCUCCAGACCCUCUGUGUGCCGAUGCAGGGGGCACAUGUGUCCUUGCUGGGAAGGACUGUCCAUGUGGCUAUUGGCCCAGUUCUGACUUGGGGUGCAAUAGUGGAAACGAGAACUGCAUCUGUUGUGUUCCCUGCACGCCAUCAAGUGCUUGCAGCGGAGGCCACAAUCCUGGAAGGUGUGUGACGAACACGGUGUUUUGUAAUGGGACUGACGAAUACAUCUCAAGUGAUGGAUGUUUUAGUGGAAAUAGUUCUGAAUGCUCGUGCUGCAAGACUUGCACACCUGACCAGAUAUGCGCCCUUGAAAAAGGUGUGUGCUACAAUAAAGCUCUACAAUCGACGUGUCCAUCUGGAAAAAGAGAGAGUACGCUUGGUGGAGGUUGUUGUAGUGAUGAUAAUUGUAUUUGCUGUGUUGUAGAUGAGUGUACUACUUCAACGACCUGUGACUCAGACACAUAUAAUACAAGAUGUAUUAAGAACAGUGAACUUUGCAGUCCAGAUGAACUUUUCUACGAGUCAGAUGAUGUUUGUGAUGGCAAUGAUAAGUGUUAUAAGGCUUGCUAUCCUGACGAAACAUGCACUUCAGAGAAAGGAAUCUGCUUAACAAAAGCUAGCGGAGGAUGUUAUAACGGUCUUGUUAAGAGUUCCACUGGCUCUUGCUGUGACUCUUCGAAAUGCGAUUGCUGUGUUCCGGACACCGUAGAUCUUUGUUGGACUAAUGGCCCUCUUGCCGACGGGAAUCCUGUAAUAAAACCGGGAGCCUGUGGUAAUAGUAUUGGUGAUUACGAAACAGAUGAUGGUUGUGAAGCUCUAACUUGCAAGUUAUGCAAGCCUGACCAAGAUUGUUGCAAUAGAGGAGGAAGAUGCUACACAGACACGUGUCCCGCUGGACUUGAGAAGGCAGACAUUGGAGGUUGCCGUAAUAAUCAGCACUGUGUUUGUUGUGUUCUACUUGGCCAAUAGAGCAUGAUUCUCUUGGCACCCUGACUGCACAGUUGUGUCCUGACCAGUGUUUAAAGCAUCACCAACCGUCUUUAAAUCAAUGAAUGUCUCUGAAUAAUUAUCUACAACAUGACAUCUGUUCUUUGUUUUCUUUUGUGAUUUUUCUUAAUGUGAAGAAAAAAAAAAUCGCACGGACAAGAAA